GAAACAUUAACCUCGAUCCCAAAGCCGAAGUACUGGCUCAAUGCGCCACUUUCCCAAAACUCGACAUGUCAAAGCCGUUAUAAAACAGAGGGUUUUAGGGUUUAAGACGUCAUAACAAAGCAACUCAAGAAACAACGAGUACCGUGCAGCAGAAAAUGGGGGCAGAAGUGAAGAAGCAGAAAAUGGCAGAGGAGGAAAUCGGCAUUGAUGGGAAGCUGGUUAUGUCUGUUGAGAAGCUGCAAGAGAUACAAGACGAGCUCGAGAAGAUUAAUGAGAAGGCAAGUGAUGAAGUGUUGGAAAUUGAACAAAAGUACAGUCUUGUCCGCCAGCCAGUCUAUGAUAGGCGUAAUGAUAUUAUUAAAGCUAUUCCUGACUUCUGGCUGACGGCUUUCUUGAGUCAUCCUGUUCUUGGGGAACUUCUAACUGAAGAGGACCACAAGAUUUUCAAGUUUCUAAGUUCUGUUGAAGUGGAAGACUCUAAGGAUGUAAAAUCGGGUUAUACAAUCACGUUUAACUUCAAUUCAAAUCCUUAUUUUGAAAAUUCAAAGCUCUCGAAGACCUAUACCUUCCUUGAAGAUGGACCUACAAAAAUCACUGCUUCGACAAUACAAUGGACGGAAGGCAGGGGCAUUUCUAAUGGAGUUGCUCAUGAGAAGAAAGGAAACAAGCGACCCCUUGCUGAGGAAAGCUUCUUUAGCUGGUUCAGUGAAGUCAAUCAGAAGGACGAUGGUGAAGAUGAUGAGGAUGUCUUUCUGGAGAUUCAAGAUGAAGUUGCUGAGAUAAUCAAGGACAACUUGUGGCCGAACCCUCUAACUUACUUUAACAAUGAUCCUGAUGAAGAAGAUCUUGAGGAGGACGAAGGUGGUGAUGAGGGAAAGGACAACGAAGGCUUAGACGAUGAUGAUGAUGAGGAGGAUGGGGAUGAGUGAACUCUUAUACACCUCUUUUUUGAGUUACCAUCUUCAAAAGUUUUGUUGAAUAGGUUUUGGGUGUCAGUAAAGAGGCUUUAAAAUGUUCGGAAAAAGAAUGGAAUUUAAUUUUAGGUGUGAGUCGUGCAAUUGCUAACUCUACAUGUUUUUUGGUUUUAUUAAGUUUAAGCAGUCGCCCUUUUCAUUGAGUAAUGGCUUAUUCAUUCCGCUAUUCGCAUCAAUGGAGUGUAAAUUUUGUGUCGA